AUGUUCGAGCAGCUGCAAAAAGCAAAAGAAGCAGCAUCACAAGCCCCCCGAAACGCUAAAAUCCAAUGUGUAACACGCCAUCUCCGUACCCGAGAGCAUUUCGCCAAACACUACUUUCCUAAGUUACUGUCAUUUGGUCUUAUCCAUCAUGGUGAUCCCAAACUACAACUGGGAGAACGGUACAAGAAAAGGUGGGCAGCACUGUACAUCGACAGCACCGGAAAAUCCCCACAAGAACUGCACAGAAAGGUUGAAGAAAAUAUCGAAACCCUGAAGCUCCUCUUUGAGGAGGAUCUUUUCACCGACAAUAAAACGUUUUCAGAGUACCAAAAACAUGGUUUUAGAACUAAGUGGGAAAUGAUCAAUUGGACGCUGUUCGUGGACGGGUGCGCGCUGCUGCAUAUUCUGGAACAUGCGAAGCUCGACCCAACGCAGAAAAUGAACUUGAAGGUUGACCAGCUUGUACUUGUGAUGCAGGACGUGCUUCUGCUAGAGAACCAGCUUCCGUUCCUGUUGCUGAAUCUUCUGUGGAGGGACACCGACAAAAAGUUGAUGAAAACCAUGCAAGAGUUUCUUCAUUGCCACCAUUGGGCCACCAAAGAUGAAGACAAGGUAAAAUUGGAAGAGGAAUUCCCUACUCAUCUUCUCGACCUUCAACGCUCUAUCAUCCUCUAUGAACCUAAGGAGGAAAAAAACAAGGGAAAACAUAAUGUUCCAAAUAAAAACACAGGAAAGGGACGUAAGACUCCAACCGAGGACAUGAUCACAUACAGGAACAUAAAGGAGUUGAAAGCGGCAGGUAUUGGAUUCAAGUCAAGCAAGACACGUAGACCAAGAGAUGUAUCUUUCCACUAUGGUGUGUUCCAUUCAACAUUGAUGCUACCUGAGAUCGUUGUUGAUGACACAAUAGCUGCUACUGUGCUCAACCUGAUAGCGUAUGAGAUGUGUCCUGAUUUUGAGAAUGACUAUGGGAUUAGCUCUUAUGUGACCUUCUUGGACUCACUCAUAGAUCACCCCGAUGAUGUGAAGGAAUUGAGAUCAGAAAAAAUUCUGCUGAACUCACUAGGGAGUGAUGAGGAAGUGGCUAACCUUUUCAACACCCUUAGUACUGACUUAGUGCCUAACAUGGCGCAAUAUGCUGAUGUUAGAGGUGACAUUGAGAGGCAUUACAAAGAUAAAGGUAGGACUUGGGUGGCUCUUGCGUAUACUAAAUAUUUCAGCAACCCUUGGGCCAUCAUUGCAUUCAACGCUGCAAUUGUAGGUCUUGUCCUAACUUUUGUCCAAACAUGGUACGCCAUUUAUCCCGCAAAACCCUAA